GAAAUAAUCGGUUGGUUAAGGUAACCGAAGAUAGUUGAAACCGGCCCUAAGAGAUGAGCCAUAGCACGGCCUACUGUCUCGAGCAUUGGCUGCCGGUGACGCGGAGCAGAAGGAGAAGCGCGCUGUUGCCUGUGCUUCGUCGCUCCCACGUCUCGCCGCACCAAAUGCGCGCCGAUGGCUGCUCAAAGACUACACAACUUGCUAUCUUAGCAGUAGAAUUCUCAGCAGUAGAAUCAAUGUUAAUAAACUAAGAUCGGUUUCUCCAAAUGUAGAUAAAUUUUAUUUUUUGGUUAAUUUACUUGCUAUCUCAUUGUAGUUUUAAAAAUUAGAAAACGAUAGAUAAAGGUCAAGGUUGAACCGAGAAAGUUGAUCUAUCUUGGUAGAAAGGUAGACCUAAGCCUAAUACCUAAUGACCUAGUUAUUGAGUAUAAAAGGAAGGCGAGAAAAAAUGAGGCGGGCCAGUGGACCACAGAAUGUACUAAUUGCGGACCGAUAUUUUGUAAACUGAACAAUAACCGUAUGAGUCACAUAAUAGAAAAAUGUAAUUAAAAAAUUCUUUGUAAAAGCAAAAGAAAAUAUACUGUUCUUUUAACUCGUAAACUUGUAACUCGACGUGUUUGUGAGUGACCUGUGUUCCAAAAAGUUCCGGUAGCGUGCCCGCAAAAAAAAAUAGUGGUUCUACAACCUCAGGAUGAUAACAAUCGUUAUUAAAUCUUGGCAGGGAGAGAGAAAGACCUGCGCAGAAACACAUAUUAAAGUGCGUUACACUUUUGGAUGUAUUAGAGAAACCUUCGCAGUUAUUGUAAAAUAAUAAUCAAAAUUUUGUUCCGUCCUACAAGGAAAAAUCGCAAUGCAGGCAGGUAAUGCCGCAGAGAGACUAAGGACAACAGAGGAUUUUCGAGAAACUAAGAUCGAUAAACCAGAGAUAAAGGAAUUUUCUCCAAUAAGAACCAAACUAGUAGAUAUGCUACAAAAAUCGACAAUUAUUAAUACCGUCUCUGAGUACAAUGUUAACUCAAGUAACGUAAUAAUUCCAGAAUUAAAAACAUAUUCACAAGAAAAAGCUAAUAAUUUCACAGUUGAGAAUCAAAAUGCUCAUUUAGAUUUAGAGUUAGUAGAACAUAUCGAUACAUCGUUAUAUCACGAAACUAUAAGAAAAGAUGUUAGUCGAACAAAAAGUAAUUUAGGAUCUAAAAAUCAGUCAAUAGAUAAUCUACAUAUUGAAAAAAAUUCCAAAGUAAUAAUUAAAAGAAGGUUAAGUUCCGAAAGUUUACUUCAAAAUGUAUUGCCGGCCAAAAUACAAAAGAAAAAUGAAAUUAACACGUCACCAGAUAAAGUAGCGGAUAGUAUUAUCGAAUCAUCUGACUCUAUCACAAUAGAUCUGAAGCAAAGAAUUUGGAAGGAUGUUACAAAAUGUUUGAUAAAAAAAAAGACUUUCUCGGAUGUGACUCAUAGUAAAGUUCAACCUACUGCAAAUAUUAAUUGUCAGUGUGCCAUUUGCGCCAAAUUUGCGCCUCUCCAUGCAUUAACGACAUCAAACUGUGUAACAUACAGUCAAGCAACAAUUUCUUCUCAAUUAACAUCUUCUAAAUCAAGAUCUCAAGCAGCACCUCGUCUAUCAAUAUCUUCUCAACUAGGAUCUCAAUCAGCAUCUCAACUAUCAGUAUCUGUUCAAUCGUCUCAAUUAGCUCAUCCAUUAGUAUUUUCUCAAUUAACAUCUGCUCAAUCAACAACUCCGUCAGUACCUCCUCAAUUAGUAUUCUCUCAAUCAACACCUCGUCCAUCAACGUUCUCUCAAUCAACACUUAUUCAAUCAGCACCUCGUCCAUCAAUAUCUCUUCAAUCAGCACCUCGUUUAUCAAUAUUUUCUCAAUUAGCACAGCAAGCUCGUCAUCCAUCAGUAUCUCUUCACACUCAAACACAUCCUCAAUUAGCAUCUCAAUCAGUAUCCCAACAGUUGCUAUCAUAUAAUACUGCUGAUAAUCAAAUAAACUCAUCUCAAGCAAAUGUACCAAUUACACCAGUUGAGAUUAAAGCUUCAAAUAUUAACAAGCACAAUAAUACAAUAAUACAAAAUACAAUAAAAAAUAUCUGCACCUACGUUGGAUUUUGCCGUGAUUUUAUUCGAUGUAGGCUUUUAAGAACACAUAUUUCUAUGGUUAUCAUACAAAAAAUGUCCACGUACGUGAUGCAAAUAAAGCAAGAUUUGCAAAAAUUGCAAGCAUUGCUGCGCAUGAAUAUUCAGGACGUUAUAACUUACGUUAAUCAAUAUAUGCUAUUCGAUCCAAUGUUAACGUACACAGAACUGUACAACUAUGUUUAUCUUAUAGGAUCUUGUAGAGCUUACGCCACACAAAUCUUACAGCAGAGCGCAAGAUCUAACGCAUCAGAUAAUUCGAACAUUACGCUAUCAACAAAUAUGUCAAAUAUUGGUACUCAACAAGUUCCCAUGAGUAUAAGUAACAUUUCAUCAUCAAAUACUAACAUGCAUUCAUAUGGACCAGUAAAUCAAGAGAAUAUAAACAUGCCUCCUUUACAAACACGUAAUAAAACGUUUAUUUCAACAAACAUUACACAAACAAACCAAGUUAUUUAUAAUUUUAAUCUGUCGAAUUUUACAAACAUUCAAAAAAUUAUAUUACAUAAUCAAAUACAAUCGUAUUUUCUAAUAGCAAAACAAAUAACACGUUUCCUUAACAUACAGGAAUGUGAACGUAUUCAUUAUGAGAAAAUAACACUAUUUAUUUUGUAUCAGCGUUUACAGAAUUACAUACAGAACUUGAUAAAAGAAUCACAGACCACCGAAAAAUAUCAUAAGAAAAAUUCACAAAAUAAAUCACAAAGCAAGUCGGUAUUAGAAGAAAACGUGAUAAAAAUAUUGAUAGACAAUUCAACGCAGACUCAGUCCAAUCGAGAUAAUAAUAAUAGUGUAAUACAUAAUAGUAAUUUAGAAAAGCAAUCUUUAAAGCAAAAUAUUGAUUCAGAUAUUUCCAAGAAUUUAAAACUUACGGCGUCAAAGAAUAAUUUAAAGGCACAAACUGAAGAAUCACUUCUUACGACCGAUUUCUCAAUAAUCGAGAAACCACUUCCAAAAAACAUACAAUUACAAGAGCCGAGUAAUAAUGUACUAAAGGAGAAGUUAAAGCAAAAAUUACAAAAAAGUUUAUUGAUCGAAAAACAGCCUAAAACUAUAGAAACAUUGUCGCCAAGCCAUUUGAAGACAUCAGAAAAGAAUGUACUCAUAGAAGCCGAGUAUUCAAACACAGAAGCGCAAGAUAACGCAAGAAUUAACGAGUCUCAAAAAGCGGUGAGUUCAUAUAAUAAACAAUACCCAAAUUUACUCUCCCUUCUUACACAAAAUUUAUUAAAUUUACAGAAUGCAUUAACUGAAAAAACGAAAGAUCAAGCAGAAAUUGCGACGAAUAAUGCAAACGAGAGAUCUAAUAAUAUGGAAACAGAAAACGAACAUAAAACUUCUAAUGUUGCAGAUAGUAAUGCAGAAAACAAUGCACCAUUACGAUUCUCAUGUAAAGAUCAAAAUGAUGAAGCGUAUAAUAAUAGUAAUAAAAUAUCUAAUAAAAAUUUACAAAAUAAAAUGCGUAAUAAUGUCAAAGAAAGCAUUGGAAUAUUAAAUUCCACAGAGAUACAGUCUGAUCCAUUAACCUUAUCGCAUAGUCCAGAGCCGUCUUCAUUAAACAGCAUAUUAGAAUCAGCAUCUUCAAGAAAGAAAUAUAAAUAUACAGAAAUAACGCAAGCUACACACGAAAAUCGUGCCAAAACAAUAUCGAAGUUAUUCUUAACACAGCAAGAAGAUCCUACGAACGAAUGGAGUGAUAAUUCUAGCGAUGGAACGUCUGAAAGCUCCUGGAAAUUGUAUAUCGACGAAAGUCCGGAAAAAUCACAAAAGGAAGAACAGUAUGAUGAAGUCUCGUUUUCUGAAGAAGAUAACUUAAAUGCGUCACAAGCUUCAGCAUCGCGAUUACUUAAUGCAAAAUACAAAUCAACAGAAAUAACACAAAUACAUAUCGCACAUGAGGAGCAUAUCGAAACAAUGUCAGAACUUUGCUUAAAUGCACAACAAGAAGAUCCUACGAACAAAUCUUCCGCUGGAAUGUCUAAAAACUCUUGGAAAUAUAUCGACAAAAAUCCGGAGAAAUCGCAAAAGCACGAAUGCGACAAGGUCUCGUCUUCUAAAGAAGAUAAUAACUUAAAUACAUCGCAAGUUUCACCAUCGCGAUUAUUCAAUGUGAUUACAAAACACGAAUCUACGAAAGAAACGCAAGUACAUGUCACACACGAGGAGCAUGCCGAAACAACAUCAGAAUUUUGUUUAAAUGCGCAACAAGAAGAUUUUUCAAAUGAUCGAGAUAAUGAUUCUACCGAUAAAAUGUCUGAAAGUCCUGAGAAAGUAUAUGUUGAUGAAAGUAUAAAAAAUACAGAAGUAAUAUUAUCUUUUCCAAAAAAUAUUUCUGAGGCAAAUUUAGCCGAUGUAAGUCAAGAAUUUGAUGCACAAGAUGCAGAAGAAGAAAAUAAUACGCAAUCGCUAUUAAAUAUGGAAGAAAUUUACCUUUCAGAAAUGUUAUUAAAAUUUGAAGUUCCGGAAGAGGCAUUGAGUAUGGAAGAGAGCACAAUGCAAUCGAUGUAUCUUCCCGAAAAUAGUGAUAAUAUAAGAGAGCUUUUUGAGGACAUGGAAGAGGAGAAACUGAUAAUAGACAUUCACAAUAAUAUUAAUGCGAUUAAUGAACACGGGAAGAAGGAAGAGAUGAUAACAGACACUCACAGUGAUAUUAAUAUGACUAAGGAACAUAUGGAUGAGAUCAAAAUGAUAACAGAUACUCACAAUGAUAUUAACAUAACUAAUGAACAUUUCCAACAUGUAUCUGAGCAGAAAUAUGAUAGAAAAUUUCAAAGGCCUGCAUGUAAUUCCGUUCAAGAAGAUAAUCCCGUCGACGUAAAUAAAAAUAAAGAAAUUUUCGCUGAAAAUAAUGUGCUUAAUACUGAUAUUGUCGAGUGUAUUUCCACAGAAAACAAGGAUAACUCCGAAGUCAUGGAAAUCAUGCCAAGUAUCUUGAAUGUUAGAAGUAUAUCACCAUCAUUAUUCGAAAAGUUAGAUAAUAUGAAUUCAUUUUCUCAAAACGACUUGAAAAUGUUAAAUAAAAAUGAUAGAAAAUUGAUUAAUAUAAAUAACGAUCUAGAAAUUUCAGAUAUGGAUGACAAGCCAUGUUUACGUUGUAAACGUAAGAGUACGGUAUGUUGCCAGGCUUGCUUGGAAGCUCAUUAUUGCUCGAAACGUUGCUCAUCUUUGCAUUGGAAUGCGGAACAUUACAAAAAAUGCAAAGGUUUGAUUACCUGUAUCGAUCUAGUUUAAAAACACAUAUUAUCUAACAAACUAUGCGAAAAUACUAUUUACGUAUAUUAUAAAUUAUCUGUGUCUUUGCAGGGUAGCAUCUUAAAAUUCUCAUCAGAGUCUUGCCAAUAUUUCAAACUUUUCUCAGAACUAAAGCAUUUCUUAAUUUAUCAAUAUUAUAUUGUUGAUAAUAAGAUUUAAUACAUAUAAACAGUUGAUUCUAUAUUGGAAUUUUGCUAUAAGUACUUAUAUGUAGGAUGAUUUGCGCUACUGUUUAUAUUUUGUGUAUAUUUCAAUCUGUUAAUAAUACAAGGGAAAAAGCACAAAAAUGGUAAAUAUAAUGAUAUUUAAACUUCUUAAAACGUCAUUUUCUUUUAUAACUAUAAAAACAUUUGUAAUACAUAAUUACAAGUGUGCAAUAUAAUGUCUAACGUGCAAUCAUUCAACUUUAUACCAAUUUGAAUCAAACUUAUAUAAAUAUACACAAGAGAUUUUUUUUUAGAAUAUACUUUCAAAAUUAUGACACUUUUGUAGGACAUCAUAUUAUUUGAAGAUUUUUAUUAUCAUUUUAUUAAAAUUUUUGUAAAAUUUUUAAUUAAACGUUUGUUUCAUUAUCAUAAAUAUUAAUAAAUUUGAGAAAAAUUGAAAAUUUUAUAAAAUAUAUAAAUUAUAUAAAAUUCUCUGAAACUAUGUUGUUUCACGACUAUUAUGAUUUUGAGGCUAUAAAAUUAUAAUAGAAAAUUCUCUUUAUGUAUAUAUGUUAGGUGUUCUAUUACUGAUAAUACAAUCGAGAAGAAGAUAACUUUAUACAAAAAAAAGUUUAAAAAGAAGAAAAAAUGUUUUUGUAUGAUGCGUCAUUUUUUACAAUAAUCGAAUUUAAAAAGUAUAUUUUAACAUAUAAAAUCAUCUUUUUCCUGAUUGUAUUAGUUACAAUACAUAAACAUUUAUUUAAUAUGUGCGAUUUUAUUAUUUCAAGAAAAAUAAUGAUGUAAAAAAUUAAAUUUUUUUAAUUUUUUCCCUUACAUAAUUAUUUAAGGGAAAAUUUUCUUACACAGUUAAGACAUUCCUUGUUUGAACUUUGUUUCAAUUAUCUGAUAUAGGUAUAAGCAAUAAUAAUUUAUACAUAUUAUAAAGUAUUAACUUAGUUAUAUUAAAGAUUUAAAUAUGUAAGUAGUUUAUAUUAAGUUAGUUAGCUAUACGUAUUGCCUAUUGCUUCAUUAUAUAUGUAUAUAUAAAGAUAUAUUAAUUAAAAUGUUAUGCAUUUAAAUUUUGGAUAUUUCCAUACUAGAUUUUAUAACACUAUUCGUGAUUAAAAAAAGAUUUGUUAUAAUAUUUUGUGAAGUGAUAGUAUUAGAUAUAUCUGCGUAAUUAAAUUUAUUAUUUAAGAGAAUAUAUCACAAAACAACAAAUGUUUGUAUUUAUAUAAAGAAGAAAUUAAAAUUUGUGUUAA